AUGGCUCCCAUUGUUGUUGGCGAUAAAAUUCCAGAGGGAACUCUCGCUUCCAUUACUGAAGAUGGCAAUGUGAAGCGUGUGUCUCUUCACUCUCUUGCAACUGGGAAAAAGAUCUUUGUCUUUGGUGUUCCAGCUGCCUUCACUCUUAGCUCUACUCUGCAGCAUGUUCCGGACUUUGUUGAGAAGGCCAAGGAAUUGAAGACCAGGGGUAUGGAUGACAUACUUCUCAUUAGUGCUAAUGAACCAUUUCUACUUAGAGAAUGGGGAAAAACAUAUCCAAAUAACAAGCACGUAAAAUUUCUGGCAGAUUUAUCUGAAAAGUAUAUCCAAGCAUUAGGUUUGUCAGAAGAUAUGUUGGGAAUCAGAUCGCGAAGAUUUGCUCUGGUUUGUGAUAAUCUCGAAAUCAAAGUUGUAAAUAUUGAAGGUGGUGGGCGUUUUGAAAUUUCCAGUGCUGAUGAAAUUUAA